CAUCCCCUGGAAGCGUCUUUCCCACUAUCCGUUGUUGGGUUUGGAGUUGAGAUUAGCUGUGUUUGUGUUUGUACACAUAUCAGAAGCGGCUAAAUUGAUAUUUUUGCAGACUUGCAAAAACAUUUCUUUGGGUUCAAUUUCCCUAACACAGAGGAACAAAGUUUUAUUUUUGCUGCUGCUGCUGGGAUUCGGGUUGAGCACCAUGCGACCGGAGUUCCCACCGUUUGAAACGUUUCGCCUGAUUUCGGGCGCCUCUUGUAUCUUUAGUCAUGAUUUUAUAGUCAGAUUUUUUUGUCUGAGCCCACUUCCCUCUUGAGAGUAAUUUUAUUUAUAUUUUUUUAUUCGGAAGAAAGGCGCCAACAUGAGCAACUUCAAGCCAGACCAAGACACGAGCAAAACCAACCUUAUCAUCAACUACCUUCCGCAAGGUAUGACUGAGAAGGAGCUGUACGCUAUGUUCUGCACAGUUGGCACGAUUGACAGCUGCAAAGUGAUGAAGGACUUCAAAACUGGAUACAGCUACGGCUUUGGCUUCGUCAACUACGUCAGCGAAGAUGACGCCCUUAAGGCCAUCAACACGCUGAACGGUCUGCAAGUGCAGAACAAGCAGAUCAAGGUGUCGUACGCCCGACCCUCGAGCGACGAGAUUAAGAACACCAAUCUCUACAUCACCAACCUGCCAAGGGACAUCACCGACGAUUACCUUGAGUCCAUGUUCAACCAGUUUGGCCAGAUCGUGCAGAAGAACAUCCUGAAGGACAGAGCCACUGGAAUGCCUCGCGGGGUCGCCUUUGUUAGAUACAACACUAACAAAGAGGCCGAAGACGCGAUAGCCGCCCUGAACGGCACCAUUCCUGAUGGAAGCAUGGAGCCUAUUCAGGUCAAGAUAGCAGAGGAACAUGGCAAGCAAAAAGCCGCCUACUAUGCAGGCUGGCAAGCAGGCUUCACACAAAGCAGAGGAGGUCCAGGUGGACGAGGUGGUCCAAGGGGAGGAGGUGGGAUGGUCCGUGGCGGGCCACCAGGAAGAGGCGCCGGGCACAUGUUCCGUGGGCGCGGAGGAGGCCCCCCCGGCGGUGGCUACGGCCAGAUGGGCAUGGGCGGUGGCGGCGGAUACAUGCCUCAGCCGCCGCACGGCAACAGCAUGGGCGGCGCGAUGCGUCCUGACAGGAUGCACAACAGCCGCUUCAACCCUAUGGGCAUGGGUGGCGGCGGUGGCCCUGGCGGCUAUUACAACAACAACUGGAACUGAAUGAGCUGCCACGCCGAUCACGGCCUAAAUUACGGUUUUACUUAACGAUUUUUUUUUCAUUUUGCUCACUUUUAACUUUAAUGAUAAUUGGGCUGCACGACACUGGCGGAUUUUAUAUUGUCACAAGUACAUUUCGAUAUUCCCUUGAAUAGGUGGAUUUAUUUGAUUAUUUUCAAGUUACAAACUACCGCCGAGCUGGUUUAAAAAACGCACGGCAACCUGAUUCAAUCACGGAUAAUUUUGACUAGAUUGUCCCAAAAGAAUUAAAAAUUAUAUUCCGAACAUUUUGCAACUAAUGUGAAAAUUGGUCACCUCACCUCUUGAUUCUCCAAAGAGAUGGAUGUAUGAGAUGCAUCUGUUAGAUUCUCCCAGUUCUAGACGGGCUUAUUAAAUUACUAAUUACACUGACUUAAAAUUAAGGCUUAAAUAAUAGCAGGCAAGGCCUGUGUCACCUGAUUUUGAAAUGAAUGAUUGCUGCCUGGCAAUGUUGGAUGGCUGCUGUCCCAUUUUCGUGUUGUAAGGAUUCAUCAUCAUGUUAUAUUGAUCUUUUAUAAAUAGAUAUUGGCAUUCCCAAAAGGUUAAAAAGAGUCCUCAAAUACUUAAAACGUCGUCCUUUUUUAGCUUAAUAUUUCAUCCCAUUUAUGUCUGCCAUUCACUGUUUAGUAUAAGGUUACUUUAAGUUGCGCUAUUUUGCUUUUCGCAAAUUCGAAGGUUGCAAACAAUGAAAUGAAAAUUUCUAAAAGCAAAUGCGUAAUAUUUACUGCAGUACUCAAAUAUUAUUUGUGUAACAGUUGUGUCAAUAAAUGUGUUGUCAAGCCCUGAA